AUGGAAAUACGCAAUCAGAUAUCUGCAUUGCUUGAAGCAGGAGGCUUCAGGCUACGGAAGUGGGCUUCCAAUAGCGCUAGUUUACUCGACGAGAUGCAAGACACGUCAUCAGACAAUCGACUACUCGAGUUGGACAAAUUUGGAUCAGCCAAGACUCUAGGUAUUAAUUGGAAUCCUGCCAAGGAUGCAUUUCAGUACAGAUUUCAGGCUGAAAAGUCGUUUCCAAAGACGUACACCAAAAGAAUAGUUCUAUCACAAAUUGCACAGAUCUUUGAUCCCCUAGGAUUGCUCGGGCCAGACUUGUUGAAGGUUAACAAGAUUGAGAUACCUCUCAGAGUCACAACCAACUUCACAGAAGGGGACACACGCGUAGAGAUUCACGGAUUUUCGGACGCUAGUGAGCGCGCCUAUGGCGCCUGUAUAUAUCUUCGCAGUUUUAACGCGCACGGAGCCGUCGAAGUACAUUUGUUAUGCUCUAAAUCACGCGUAUCUCCAAUAAAAGUAUUAUCAACACCACGGCUGGAGUUGUGCGGCGCACAGCUCUUGGUCCACCUAGCAGAAAAGGUCAAGAAAUCUUUAGAAAUCCCUAUUUGCAAGGAAUAUUAUUGGACCGACUCAUCAAUAGUCUUAUACUGGAUUAAGGCUACUAACAAGAAGUUGCCGGUCUUUGUAGCUCAUAGAGUGGGCGAUAUUCAAGAUUCAACAGCAAUCGAAGAUUGGAGACAUGUUCAAGGUAAAUCAAAUCCAGCAGAUUUGAUUUCGCGCGGGGCGAGCAUUCAGGAAUCCUUAGAGUCGCAAAUUUGGUGGAAUGGGCCUCAAUGGUUGCAUCAACAGCACUUGCCAGAGGAACAGCACAAACAAAUAGAUUAUGAUGAAAGUCAAUUAGAAGACCGUGACAAAUCGAAAGUAGUGGCUGUAUCAGCCUGCAGCGACACGAGUCCGUUUGAAAAAUACAGCAAUUUUAAUAGAAGAAUUCGUAUCGCGGCCACAUGUUUGCGUUUUCUGUAUAAUUGUAAGAAAGAAAAAGCAUAUGGUCCAUUAACAGCAAGCGAACUAGAAAGAGCAGAGAAGAGCUUAAUGAGAAGAGAGCAAGAGAUUGCAUUCUACAAAGAGAUCAAUAGGCUCAAAAAAGGCAAGACAAUUUUGCAACAGAGUUGUCUAAAAUAUUUAAAUCCAUUUUUGGAUGAGGAUCAGUUGUUAAGAGUUGGAGGCAGAUUAAGGCACGCACAAUUGUCAUCGGAUAUCAAACAUCCAAUAUUAUUGCCUUAUCAUUCCAGGUUUACAGAGAUCAUCAUAGAGCACGAGCACUUGAGGAGCUUGCAUGCCGGAGCAGACGCAACAUGGCUGCUGUUCGCCAAAAAUAUUGGCCGAUCAAGGCGCGCGGUACAGUCCGCAGAUUAUUGCGAGGUUGUAUAA